CGCGCACAGAGCUUGUGCUGGGUCACUGCCUCCCCCAGCUCAAGGCAGAAUCAGGUUCCUGUAAUAGGGAAGAAUUCAGCUGACAAGAGCAUGACUCCCUUCUUCGCGAUGUCUCUCCUCUUCGGCCUGACUUUUGGUCAAACAGCAUCACUUUGUGCUCCUUCUGAGUAUAUAAUCCAUGUGGAGAAAAGGGAAUGUGCCUACUGCCUGGCCAUCAACACCACCAUCUGCGCUGGGUUUUGCAUGACUCGGGACAGCAAUGGCAAGAAGCUGCUACUCAAAAGCGCUCUGUCCCAGAACGUGUGCACGUACAAAGAGAUGUUCUAUCAAACAGCUCUGAUUCCGGGCUGCCCUCAUCACACCGUCCCUUAUUAUUCCUACCCCGUGGCUGUGAGCUGCAAGUGUGGUAAAUGCAACACUGAUUACAGUGACUGUGUUCACGAGAGGGUUAGGACAAACUACUGCACUAAGCCACAGAAGCUCUGUAACAUGUAACCUUCCAACAGAACGUGGUCCCAAUGUACCUCUGCUCACGACCAAGUGAAAAUAAAAGUGUAUUUCAUAACAGGUUUGCAAA